GUUUUAUUGAAGCAGAUGAAGAAAAUGAAUUUAAUUUCGAUUUUAAACGUAAUGAACAUGAAGAGCAUGAAGAACAUGAGGAGGUUGAUUUAAGUGAAGAUUUGGAAAUAAUUAAUGUUAAUCAGAAUACUAAUACUUUUAUUCAAACUGAUAACAUUGAAGUUGACAAUGGUGAAAAUAGCAGAAGACAGUCUACAAGCAGUAGAGGAAAUAACAAUAAAAUGAUGCCUAAAAUACAAACAUUAUAUAUUAAACAUUUAAAACCAUUUCCUGAAGUCGAAGAAUUUAUAGAAGAAAGUAUCAAACAUUAUAAUUUAGGCUUGAUAAUAAUAGAAGAGUCAAUGAAAAAGGCAUUGGAAAAAUAUUCUGAAUUAAAACCAGAAGUUAAAGGAAUACUAAUUGGUGUAAGAAAUGAUUUGCAUGGAGAUUGGCCUCAAUUUAUGUAUACUUCUAUUGGUGGAAUUAAUAAUACGUUUCCCAAUUCAACUCUAACAAAUCCAUUAAAAUUUUGUGGAUUUGAUCCUGCUUGGAUGUUAACUGAUGAAAAACAAGAAGUACUUCAUAAUGAAUUAGACAAGUUAAAGGUAGAACUAAUGGCUGCACAUUCAAGAAACAAUCUUAUAAUUUGUUCAAAUAUGAAACCAUUAACUGUGGGGGAAACCAAUAUACAUAAUAAGUUCAGAUGUCAGUGA